GCCUUCUCUCUCCUCCGUCCACCGGCUUCACAAAGCCUCGAGCCUACCAUCGACGGUGCUAUUUAUAUUUGCUUUCCCAACAUUGACGCAGCCAGCCUUCUCUCUCUUUUAUGUAUAGUUAAUCACGCCCCCACCCGUCUCCUUGUUUUUCGGCUUACAUGUGGAAACUCGUAAUUGUGAUUUCUGAGUGUACCUUCAACCCACUGCCAAACAUAGACAUUCAGAUUUUGUCUACUCUCACCUCUCUCUAUAUUCCUUGAAUUUUGCAUCUGCUGUGAGCUUUUCCCCCAGAAGGAUGGCGCUCCUGGCUUGUCGCGCGUUUUGCUUGUCGAGUUGUUCUUCAUCAACGCGUUUCUUGUUCUUCCUUGGAUUUCACAACGUCUCCCGACUGGAGCUAAAGUGGCCUCUCAAUAUAUAAAUACCUGCAGUGUACUGGUAUAUAUUCGUGUCUUCGCCCACCGCCACCCAACGUAGGCCGAAGCUCCAUUGGAUUGCACAGUGAUGAUGGAGAUAAUUCACCAAUCGCGCAUCGAUCGGGAGCUUGAAUCACUCAUGGAGAGAAUAUAUCCUCCCAGGGUGUGCAUAGAUAAUGACUCUCGCGAGGAAUGCACCGUGGUGAAGGUGGAUAGUGCAAACAAAGAUGGGAUACUGUUGGAAAUGGUCCAGGUGUUGACAGAUCUAGACCUCGUUAUCUCCAAAUCAUUCAUUUCUUCAGACGGUGGAUGGUUUAUGGACGUGUUCCAUGUGACCGAUUCGUUCGGCAACAAACUCAUCGAUGAGAGCCUCAUGCUUUACAUUCAAAAGGCUCUGUGUGCGAGUAGACGAGGAGAAAUAUCCAGAGAAAAACUUGGGAAUAGCUGGAAGGAAGAAGAAAGAGUAUGGAGGAAGAAGACGGCAGUAGAGUUGACUGGGACGGAUGGGCCGGGCUUGCUAUCAGAAAUAUCGGCCGUUCUCGUAGAAUUGGGCUUCAAAGCCACCUCGGCAACAGCCUGGACCCACAACGACAGAGCAGCCUGCAUCAUCCACGUGGAGGAUGAUUCCACAUCUGGGCCCAUUGAUGACCCAAUCAGAUUGGCCCACGUAGAGCGGCACUUAGAGUGUGUACUGGAGGCCCGCGGUGAGAAGAGGAGCGUCAGGCUCACAACCUUAGCCGCCGGACGCACCCACACGGAGAGGCGGCUGCACCAGUUGAUGUACGCCGAUAGGGACUACGAACGGUGUCGGGCGUGUGAGGCGGAGUGCGGCGGAGAGCACAAGAAGGAAUGUGAUGGGACGCACGUGUGGAUCGGAAGGUGCGAGGAGAAAGGCUACUGGGGGGUGAACGUCCGGAGUAGGGAUCGGCCGAAGCUCUUGUUCGAUACCCUCUGCGUACUCACCGACAUGAACUAUGUGGUGUUUCACGCCGCCAUUCGCUCUGCUGGCUCCAUGGCUCACCAGGAGUACUUUGUGAGACACAAGGCUAGUUCAACACUGCUCAGAGAAAGCGAGAGGCAAAAGCUUACCUUAUGUUUAAUCGCUGCUAUAGAGCGCAGAGUGUCGCAUGGAUUAAGGAUAGACAUCAACACCGAAAACAGAGUGGGGUUGAUGCGGGAGCUGACCCGGGUGUUCCGAGAGAAUGGGCUGUGGAUAUCGAGGGUGGAGAUUGGAACGAGAGGUGAUAAAGCGGAAGGAUCAUUCUAUGUGACGGAUUCAGCAGGCGGGGAGGUGAACCCAAAGAUAGUGGAGCUAGUGAGACAACAGGCGGGGGGGUCCAUUGUUGCAGUUCACAGGUCUCCCUGUAGGAUGUCCACGGCCUCAUCUUCGAGUUCCACGCGUGAGCACAAGAGUGGUAUAGAGGCCGUCCGUAAAUUUUCACUUGGAAGCAUGCUUUGGUCUCAACUGGAACGCCUCUCUGACAGUUUUGGAUCUAUCAGAUCCUCCUAUCUUGCCUACUCCGAGUGAUGUCUGUGCACAGUGCCCUGUAUAUAUCAUAAAGGAAAUCAGUUUCUUCUUUUAGCUUAGCUAAUUAUGUUUCACGUGAAAAUGCCAUUCUAUGAUAAAGCACCACAGAUCAUAUUAGCCCGC